AUGACAGAUCAGAAGAAGUCUGAUGAUUUGAACAAUCUUGAGCGGAAUAUUUCCGUGUCUGCAGGCACAGGGAUAGAAUUUCAAAAACGGUUCUCCACUCUCAAUGUGCUCGCAGUCUGCGUCACGCUCAUGGCAACAUGGGAGGCCAUGGGCGGCGUGUUUGCAGGAGGUUUAACUGCUGGCGGACCUGUGGCACUACUUUAUGGAUACAUCCUCGCUCUCGUUGGGACAAUGGCAACUUGUCUUUCACUCGCAGAAUUGGCGUCUCUUUCCCCUACCAGCGCUGGCCAAAUCCAAUGGGCGGUCAUUCUAGCACCCCCACGCUACGCUCGCCUAUGUAGCUGGAUCACUGGUUGGAUAACGACGCUCGGGUGGCAAGCAUUUACCGCUAGUGCAGCAUUCCUCGGCGGGACGAUGAUUCAGGGCCUCGUGGUGCUCCAAUAUGCCAACUACCAGUCUGAGCGAUGGCACGGCACGAUGAUAUACUGGACGAUUCUGUUCCUCGCCUUCCUGGUCAACACAGUUGGGAUUAGACUAAUGCCUAUCAUUGAGAAUGGUAUCCUAAUCUUUCAUAUCGUCGCGCUAAUCGCCGUCAUCAUCCCUCUUGUUGUGCUGGCGCCACAUAAAAGCGCCGAGUACGUCUUUACAACAUUUGAGAAUAGUUCUGGGUGGGAAAAUGAUGGCGUUGCUUGGUUUCUAGGAUUGCUGAGUGCGAGCUAUGUGCUGGUUGGGUACGAUGGGGCUUGCCAUUUGAGCGAAGAGAUGCACAAUGCAUCCGUCGUCCUACCCCGUGUCAUGAUUGGAACCAUCGCACUGAACAGUCUGCUCGGCCUUGCCUUUCUCUUCGCUCUCCUCUUUUGCCUCGGGGAUACAGAAAGCGUCCUCAAAAGUUCCCUAGGAUUCCCUAUCAUACAGAUAUUCUAUAACACCACGGGCUCUCAGGCAGCAACCACCGCUCUCAUGACGCCAUUCAUCUCUGUGGCCAUCGCGUCCACAUUUGGCUUGCUCGCGUCGACGUCAAGGACAACUUGGGCAUUUGCUAGGGAUAGAGGUCUGCCAUUCUCUCGGUUUCUCGCUCAGAUAAACACAUCCUCCACGCUCCCUCUCCACGCUAUAACCUCAAGCACAGUGUUCAUGGCCUUCCUCGGUCUAAUUAAUAUUGGAAGCACAACCGCCUUCAACGCAAUCGUCUCUCUCUCCGUCGUAAGUUUAUACGUUUCGUACCUGAUACCCAUCGUCCUGCACCUGUCACGCCGCAUGACCGGGCCACCUUUGCAGUACGGCCCAUUCAACCUUGGCAAAGUACUCGGACCUAUAAUGAAUGUGCUGGCUAUGAUUUAUAGUUCUGUGAUUGUCAUCUUUCUCUUCUUCCCGCCAUACCAGCCUGUUACACCCGAGAAUAUGAAUUACGCGGCCGUGGUCUUUGGUGCAGUCCUAGCGUUUAGUGGAAUAUUUUGGAUUGCCAAGGGGAGAAGAGUCUUUGAAGGGACGAGGUAG